UCUGGCCUGUCACCAGCUCUCAGGUCACUGCUCCCGGGGCCCCGCCUCUUCCAGCUUCUGUUUCUGGGGGCUGCUCCCCACCGACUGCUAGCUCCGGUGCCUGUGUCUGCCUUUGCUCGGGGCUUUCCCAGUUAGCAGCAAGAUGCUGCCGAUCCGAUCUGAGUGUCCUGGCUGUAAGAGCGGCCAGCCGUGAAACUGACAAGACUCUGGGCUGAUUUCAUUGGGGAAAGGAGUUGUCUGUGCCCUGUGUGGCGUUGGUUGUGUAUAGGGUUAGACGUCACUGCAAUAACUUCCACUUAAUCCCCACGUGGAGGUGUGUUUGCACAGCCGUAAGGGCUAAAAACGCUUUUAAUUAAAGCUUGGUUUCUUCAGAAGUUCAUGGCAUUUGCUUGGGGAAGCUUCUUGCUUUACCGUGGCUUGGUGGAUUUUUCAGAUUGUGUGUGCACAUCCAUGUUAUUUGAGUCCCACUUACUGGUAAAAUAUAGGUAUACACUUAAAAUUACAAUCUAAUUUUAAAACAGCGAAUUGGGGAAAGCAGUUUUUAAUUUGCUUGGCUUCUGAACCCUGAGUUCUGGAUUUUGUUUUUCAUUGUAAUAGUUCAUGGAUUCAGAAAUGCAUUUUUAAAAAAUUAGGGAAGAUAGGUAGGCCUGAUAGAUAAGAUAGUUUAGGCAAAUUACCUUUUCCCACAGCCCUUCCUUUUUCCUAAUUUCUCUGGCAGACUGGACCUCCCCAUAAGUCAUAAAAUGAGUUAUGCAUCCUAAUUUAUACCCAGCUGACUGACUGAGAAGCUGAUGAAGAAUUUGAUGAACUUUGCUUUGAGUUUGGUCUGGAGCUAGAUGAAAUUAAUAGACUUCAGACAUUACUGAUGGGAUACUGAUUUACAGCCAAAAUGGAAGAAAUAAUUAGACAUCUGAGAAGGACAUAAUAAGCAAAGAACAAGGUGAUGGAAAGGCGGAGGGUGCAUCAGAUAUCAUUCUCUAUAAAAUCGACGUUCCUGCUAACCGAUAUGAUCUUCUUUGUCUGGAAGGAUUGGUCCGAGGGCUUCAGGUCUUUAAAGAAAGGAUAAAGGCCCCUAGAUACAAAAGGAUUAUGCCAGUGAAUGUUGAUGUUCAAAGGCUGAUUAUUACUGAAGAGACUGCUCAAGUUCGUCCUCAUGCUGUAGCUGCAGUCCUUCGUAACAUAACUUUUUCCAAGGAUCGCUAUGAUAGUUUCAUUGACUUGCAAGAAAAACUACAUCAGAACAUCUGCAGGAAAAGAGCGUUAGUAGCGAUUGGUACCCAUGAUCUGGACACCAUCUCUGGUCCAUUUACUUAUACAGCUAGACCUCCUUCAGAAAUUAGAUUCAAGCCCCUGAAUCAGUCCAAGGAGUAUACUGCUUCUGAAAUUAUGGAUCUAUAUAGGACUGACAGCCAACUUAAGCAUUAUUUACACAUAAUUGAAAACAAACCACUCUAUCCAGUUAUCUGUGAUAGCAACGGUGUCGUUCUUUCCAUGCCACCAAUUAUCAAUGGAGACCAUACAAAAAUAAGCCUAAGUACCAGAAAUGUGUUUGUUGAGUGCACAGCCACUGAUAUUACAAAGGCAAAAAUUGUCCUCGAUAUCUUAGUCACGAUGUUUAGUGAAUAUUGUGAGAAGCAGUUCACGGUUGAAGCAGCAGAAGUAACUUAUUUUAAUGGAAAAACCUGCAUCUAUCCAGAACUGGCUUACAGAAGAGAAAAAGUGAAAUCUGAUUUAAUUAACAAGAAAAUUGGAAUCAGUGAAACGCCAUCAAGUCUUGCAAAGUUGCUGACCAGGAUGUGUUUGAAGUCACAUGUCACAGGGAAUGGGAACAAUAUAGAAAUUGAAAUCCCUCCUACCAGAGCAGACAUUAUCCAUGCAUGUGAUAUCAUAGAAGAUGCAGCAAUAGCUUAUGGUUAUAACAACAUUCAGAUGACUAUUCCAAAAACAUACACCAUAGCCAAUCAAUUUCCUCUCAAUAAGCUCACAGAACUUCUGAGACAGGACUUGGCAGCUGCUGGAUUCACUGAAGCACUCACUUUUGCACUGUGUUCCCAAGAAGAUAUUGCUGAUAAACUUAGUGUGGACAUCUCUUCAACAAAAGCAGUACACAUAGCUAAUCCCAAAACAGCAGAAUUUCAGGUGGCACGCACCAGCCUCUUACCUGGCCUCCUGAAGACUAUUGCUGCUAAUAGAAAGAUGCCUUUGCCUCUGAAACUUUUUGAAAUCUCCGACGUUGUCGUAAAAGAUUCCACCAAAGAUGUAGGUGCAAGGAACCAGAGGAAUCUUUGUGCCAUUUACUACAACAAGAACCCCGGGUUUGAGGUCAUCCAUGGGUUGCUGGAUAGAGUCAUGCAGCUGCUGGCUGUGCCACCAAGCAAAGAGAGUGGAUAUCUAAUCAAGGCAGCUGAAGAUUUCUGUUUGCUGAUAAUUCCAAGUAUGUCCAGGAUUCUGCAGUCCCUGGGCUUAUGUUCUCUUUUCAAGGACUUCCAAGACUCUGCUUUCUUCCCUGGCCGUUGUGCUGAAAUCCUUGCCAAAGGUCAAAGUAUUGGGAAGCUUGGAGUCCUUCACCCUGAUGUUAUCACCAAAUUUGAGCUCACCAUGCCAUGCGCUGCCCUAGAGAUCAAUAUUGAGCCCUUCUUGUGAAGACAAGACUAUUAUAUCACCUCCAAAUAUCCACUUUACAUGCAACCAUGCCCUCUGCACAGAACAUCCACUUACACUUCAAUGUGCUAAUAAACUAGAAAAACACGGUCUGGCUCCAUGUGUAAAUAUGUUCCUUACAUUACAAUUAGGCUAGCAUCUGCAACGUAAGAAUGUGGUAUCUAGGGCUAGAAUGUGGCAUCCAUGUGUUUAGUCCCCCACCCCCUAAAAAAGUUGGGUAAAAUCCCAAGGUCUUACAAGAGAAAUGUAAUGGCCAAGCACAUGAUUAGUUUUCAAAAUCAAAAAUGUUCCACAGACAGAGCUUCACACUGUAACUGAUUAUGGCUGCAUAACAGGAAUCUCAUUCUUUUCUUAUUGCAUGAAAUAAGAUAAUUGAUUAGCACAAAUGUUGAACGAAUGUGAGCAGAACUAAGGAAUUGAGCUUUUAUUCUGUACGGCUGUCAUUUGCUCAUCAGUGGUCGGGGGAGGAAAAUAAACUUUUUCAUGAAAA